CUGAGUCUCGAAAAACUGGCAGUGGAAGCAGAGCCACAGACACAGAAAUGGAGAAAGAGAAAGUCAAGGAAAAUGGGAAAGAGGAGAGCCAGAAGGUGUGCAAGGUGUGCAAGAAUACAUACACUUCCUCCUCUAAUGCCUCUUCUUCUUGCCGCUUUCAUCCUUCCUUCUUCGUCUGUCGACGACAUGAUGACCAAAAACGGUACUACGAAUUGGGACCUGAUGAUCCACCUUAUGCUGCCAAGUUCUAUGACUGCUGUGGGGCUGAGGAGCCUGAUGCACCUGGUUGCACCACUAGUUUCCAUGUCUCAUAUGAUGAUGAUUGACACAACAUUUUUUCUCUCAGUUGAAACUGGACCAAAACUUAAACUUGUAGAUAUUUGUGUUAUUAUAUACCUUCUCUGUUCUGCCAAAUACAUCAGUUUUCUUCAAUCUUCCUUGGUAUUCCAUAAUCAGAAGGUUGCUCCACUGUUUUUAAUUAUUCUUCUUUCUUUUUCUUUUAAAAUCAAGUUGUUUUUCCUCAUUGCUUUUGGCUCAUCUCACCAAAUUCACCCUUCCAGAGAGGGUUGAUAACAGUCUCUCUGUUUUUAAUUAGCUGGGGUUAGGUUUGGGUUGAUACCGAAGGCUGUUCUGUUAGAAGCCUGUGGAACUUUAUACUUUUCUGGAGAAAUUGUAAGAAAGAAAUCUAGUAAGAUGUCCAUGAGCCUUGCAGUGUAUACCUGUGGGCCAAGUCAUAUGAA